CAUUGCAGUUAUAUUAGUAAUAAAUUUUAUAUUUCAAUAAUAAUAAACACACAACGUUGAUAAUGAGAUAUAAUAAAACAUCCGUACGUAUAUCAAUGCCACAGUCAACUUAAAUUUCUCAUGAGAGUAAGACUAACUUGUUAUCAUCUCAUUGUCAAAUCAAAAAGUAAAACUAUCUACAAUGGGGCCAAUUGAGCUGUUAUGUAUAGCUGCUGCAAUUUUCCUCUUUCUCUACUACUAUAGUUCCAAAAAUCAUAACUACUGGAAAAAUCAAGGAGUAAAAGGACCCGAACCUAUGCCAUUUUUGGGAAAUAUAAAAGAUAUUUUAUUAAAUCGUCUGGCACCUGGACAAAUGGCAAAAAUUCUUUACGAUAAAUUUGUCAAUGAACCAAUGAUUGGAAUUUACGCCAGAAGUACACCAAUUUUAAUUCUAAAAGAUCCAGAAUUAAUAAAAGACGUUCUCAUCAAAGAUUUCAAUAAAUUUGCCGAUCGUGGAUUACCAGUUCAUGAAAAACUUGAUCCACUUUCAUUAAAUCUCUUUAAUCUCGAACCAGAAAGAUGGAGACCCUUAAGAAAGAAAUUGUCACCUGUUUUUACAUCGGGAAAAUUAAGAGAAAUGUUUUCCCUUCUUUUAGAGAGUUCUGAACACUUUGAAAAAUAUCUACAUAAAAUUGUGCAUAAAAAUGAACCAAUCGAGUGUCAUUUACUUACAUCGAAAUUCACAACAAACGUCAUUGGUUCAUGUGCUUUUGGAAUUGAUAUAAAUGCAUUGUCCGAUGAAGAAAAUGAUUUUAUACGAAUAGGAAAAAAAAUUUUCGAUGCUAGUUUAUGGAGUUCGAUAAAAAGAAAAAUUAGAGAAUUAGCACCUGAUUUAUUUUCACUUUUAGGACCAUUGUUGAAAGAUAAUGAAAUUGAUAAUUUUUUUACAAGUUUAAUAAAAGAUACAAUGGAAUAUAGAAAGAAAAAUAAUAUUAUUAGGCAUGAUUUUGUUGAUUUAAUGAGGUAUGUGAUUGAAAAUCCAGACAAGGUUGACGAUAUUGAAAUGACUGACAGUUUAGUGACAGCUCAAUGUUUUGUUUUUUUUGCGGCUGGAUUUGAAACAUCAUCUACAACAAUGAGUCAUGCUUUAUAUGAAAUAGCACUUAAUCCUCAAAUUCAAGAUAAACUUCGAAAUGAAAUUCAACAAGUUUUAAGUAAAUCGGAUGGAAAAUUAACAUAUGACAAUGUAAAGAGUAUGAAAUAUUUACACAAAGUUUUCCAAGAAACUCUGAGAAAAUAUCCACCUGCAACUAUGCUUCAACGACAGGUUUCGGAAAAAUAUACAUUUCCCGGAACCAAAGUGACGAUUCCAAAAAAUUCUAAAGUAUGGAUUCCAGUUUUUGCAAUUCAACGAGAUCCAAAUAAUUAUCCCAAACCAGAAGUAUUUAAUCCUGAAAGAUUUGAAGAUGAGGAAGUAAAUUUACGACAUCCUAUGCUCUUCUUGCCAUUUGGAGAAGGGCCGAGAAAUUGCAUUGGAGCAAGAUUUGCUGUAUUUCAAACAAAAGUAGGACUCAUAAAAAUUUUACAAAAUUUCCGGGUUGAAAAAUGUGAAAAAACUCCAAUGACAUACGUUAUUAAUCCAAAGGCUAUUGUUCUAUCUCCUCAGGAGGAUAUUUAUUUAAAAUUUACGGAAUUACGUUAAUAAUGAUUUUUUUUUUGUUAAUUUAUUCAUCAUUCAUAAAAGUAAAAAAUUCAUUUUGAUUGUGUUUUCUACAAACACAUUAUUUGCAUCAUAAUAUAUUAAGGAAAAAUAAAUAAUUUGUAUUUUCAUAAAAUAUUCAAAAAAUACUUAAAAUAAAUAUCUUUUACUAAAAAUUAAAUUUUUAUAAACAUUGUUAUAUUUUUAUCGAUGUAAUAGUCGCAAGUUAUUUUAAUAUUUUGAAAAACUACAAAUCAUUUCGCAUUGUAUGUAUACUAUAGAUAUUGGAUACGUUUUAUUUAACUUUCAAACUUGGCAAUUUAUCAUUCCAUUUUAAGAAUGUAACAAACAAUGUAAUUUUAAUAAUGAAAUAAUAUAAAAAAUAGCAAUAAAAUAUUUUUAAUUUCAAAAAAA